AUGAAAAGCAGGCUUCUCCAGGACGAGGACGAGUCGAGCACAGAACCUGCCCCCAAGCGUGCCAGGCUUCACUACGGCGCGGGCCCGCUCUUCGCUCAUCAGCAGGAUGCCCGAUUCCCCAACUUCGGCGCCGCCCGUCACAAGUUUGACCUGAGAGCCCGCCAGGCUGAGGAAGAUAUUGAGAGCCCACUAGCAGGCAAAGUCAGAGAGAAUUAUGCCAAUCUUCGCGCAGCCGUCCACCUCGCCGCAACUACCCAGCUCGAAGAAGCUAGGGAAUCGCUGGUGGUAGAGUCCGAGCAGACCAUGAAGUCUUACCAGAAAGACGUGCUCCAUCUAGAGAAGACUGCUCUGAGGCUCUGUGAACCACUAUCGAACGCCGAGGUUGAGUACGAAACAAUCGACAAGAGCGGCAGGCCGCGCACGGAGAUUGUGAAGAUCGGGCCUGCUGUAGGCCAGUUUGCCACCAAGAUUGCCGAGACGUCCGCCGAGCUCAGAUUGUUGUGGGCUACUUAG